AUGGGUUUGACUUUCGUCAAGACCAACGUCAUGGAGAGAAUGGGCUAUGGUGGUGAGACGAAGUAUCAUCAUAUCGAGUCGCUGGGAGAGGCUUUUGAUGCUCUGAGGACGAAAGGUUCGCGCAUGAAGCAGAGGAUCAUCGCUGGUUCGAUUGUCUCUGUUCUCAUGAUCUUUGCCUUUAUUGCUUUUUCCCCUGAUACCACAACCGCAUCAAUCAGACAAGAACACCUCGACAAAUGGUGGAAGACCACCGACCCUACAGACGCAGCAAUCGAAUCCGGCAUCUGGAACAAAACACCCGAAGACCAAAAAGCAGAAGAUGCGCCAGAGUCCUGCGACAAUGUGCCCGAAAUUAUUCAAGUCGCCAUCUUCGAACACGUCCGCGCUCACGAUGAAGUCGACGCUGCUCUCGUCCACUCUAUCGCCUCACAACCAAAUGUAAACUUGACCUUGUAUCAACAAGAACCUCGCUAUGGCAGUGAAAAGAUCUUUCACGCUUUUGGUCUAAAUUACACUGGUCCCCUUCAUCCAGACGACUUUAUGGGAACGGAUAAACACACCACAAUCCCUGAUUUCCUCGUCCUCACAACCUGCGAACUCGCUCUGCGAGGCGCUCCCAAGAGACUUGAAGCUCUGCUGGCUCUGGGAAAGACGAGAUUGAUCUGCAUAGCCCACCACUCCGACCACUGGGCCGAAGAGCAACGAAAAGCAGACAUUCGCCCAUGGGUCGAUGCCAACAAAGUCGAAUUCUGGUCCCUCUCACCACACACCGCAACUUUCCUCUCCAACACAAUAGCAGCAUGGGAUUCCAACGCCUCUGAACCUUGGGACAAUCCUCCUGCACCUCCGAUCCGUGUUUUCGUACCCAUAUUCCCCGUCGCUGCUCAAAACACUUCCUCCUCGUCAACACCAGAAGGCAUGAGUUUCGCAAUGCAAGGAGACUACGAUCCUCAUAGAAGAGAUUACACGCACAUUUUCCAACGCCUCGGAAACUUUUUACAAGAAGCAGAAAGAAACAUCUCCAUGCAUUUACUCGGACAAGGCAGAAGACCAAAUGUCCCCGAAGACGUAAAGAGUCAUGUAUUCUUUGAUCAAGGAUUGAAUUACAUUGAUUUCUACGGCUUACUGUCAAAAGUAUCUGCUGUAUUGCCAGGUUUCGCAAGUCCGGAAUAUCUGGAUAGAAAGGCUUCGUCUUCUGUUCCUGCGGCGUUGAUUGCGGGGACACCACUUGUUGCCGAUCGCAGGCUUUUGGAAGCAUAUAGUUAUGUGGAAGAGGAAAGUGUGUGGUUACAAGAAAAUGGAGAGAACGAGUUUGAUGUGGUGGGAAGGAUGCUAGCAGCCACUGCACAGGAAAGAGAAGAAAAGAAAGAACACGCCAGAGAUAAUGCAGAGAGAAUUGUCCAGGGUAAUGUUAGGAGGGUGGGAGAAUGGUUAGGUGAAGGCCUUGUGGGUUUAUAUUGUAAUGGUGGAUCAGAGGAGGAAGAGGAGUAG